UUCCUCACCACACAACUGGAGAACCAUCACGGAGAGUACAGCGUGCGACUAUCAGUGCGUGUUAUACAUAUCUGUAUUACAUAUCUAAUCUACAGAUGAGGGUGGUGACGACUCGAGCCCGCGACGCGGCGGAUAUUAAAUGCGUCGUGGUAGGUGAUGGGGCAGUGGGGAAGACGAGCAUGUUGAUCAGAUAUAUUGACGGGAAGUUUCUCAAAGACUACACCCCGACCUGCUUUGACAGUUACGUAGUUUCCACGGAACUCGGUGACAGAAGUUAUGAGUUAUGUCUCAUGGACACGGCGGGACAGGAGACGUACGAUCGACUGCGCACUCUGUCUUACUACAACACUGACGUCUUCGUCGUCUGCUUCUCGCUGAUCAGCCCCGAUUCCUUAGUCAACGUUCGAAGUCGGUGGAUUCCGGAACUCAAAGAGUUCAAGCCAGGGACUCCUUUCAUCAUCGUAGGCACACAGACUGACCUCAGGGAUAACCAGGUUUCCGGCAAAUGUGUGACGUCUACGCAAGGCAGGAAACUAGCGCGAAAGGUCGGCGCACUCGGUUAUGUAGAAUGUUCGUCGCUUACCGGGGAUGGAAUUAAAGACGUUUUCCGCAGAUCUGUGUUGGCGGUUGUUAACCCUCAAAAAAAGAAAACUGUUUGGAGAUGUUUAAAACAUUUUUUUGCAAAGAGAUGAAUAAAAUUUAAUAGACUGAUCGAUACAAAUGUAAUUAGACAUAAAUAGCAAGACCGACCGUCCACGUAUAUACCGGAUAUUUCGGUAACUAUGUGCAGGCGCAUAAAGGGACAUAUACGGAGGUUUGGUUGGCUAAAUGUUUUCAUCCCCGCACCCCAUCGUCACUGUGAUAUUCUGUGUAUUGCUGUAUUUUGUUAAGUGUAUAUUAUCAGAUGUAAAGACUGUAUGAAGACGUAUGAAACAAGACUAAAGAAAUUACCAAAAAGCGUGGGGAGUUUUGUGAACAAGGACAAUGGAUGACUUCCGUUUCCGGUUUGUCAGCAAUAUCGGAAGGAUAACUGAUAAUAAUUAGUGGUUGGUGAAUGAAUCAGUUUCGUAUGAAGUGUGGUCACAAUGGAUUCAUUGUUUCCGUUUCUACGUCAAUAUCACGCCUGUGCUAUCGUGCAAUAUAUAUAAUAUGCUAUUCUUUUGUUUCUAUUUGAUUAAUCAUAUUUAACAACUAACAAAGGGACUGAAUGUAGGUUAGUGGUUCGUCGGAGAUGUGACGGGUUGAGAAAGAGAGACAGAAAGAGACAGAAAGACGGAGGGAGACAGACAGACAGACGGAGAGCGAUGGAGAGAGACAGAGACGUAGAGAGAGAGAGAGAGAGAGAGAGAGAGAGAGAGAGAGAGAGAGAGAGAGAGAGAGAGAGAGAGAGAGAGAGAGAGAUGAAAGAACACGAUUGUCAUUCCUCUCAUCAGCACAUUAAACAGAAAAAAAUCUAUUCAUGUUUUAUUUGUUGACCUACACCAUGUUGUUUUUGACCGUCAACAUAUUUUUUUAUAUGGACGCCCAUGUAUUUAGAUACUGUGAGUACUUAAUGACUAUACGCAAAGUGUGAUGUGUCGUCGAAUUCAUUCCCGUUCGAGUUUAUUUUGUUUGUUAUUUGCAUUCCAGCAGCUUUUAACUCGUAUGCAUGCCAUAUUCUAUUUUUGAAAAAAAGAAAGAUUCUUGUGAAAGACUUGUUCCAGAAACUCUCGUAUAAAGUACGUUUAACUUCUGCUAUGUACCAGAGAUCUUUAACAUUAACCUGAAGAAGCCUAGAAUUUAAUGUCAAAUAUUAUUUCAUCAAGUUGCUGACUAUCGUCCAACUGACAUGUUUUAAAUCUAUAUAAAACUUAAACAAUAAAAAUUAACAACAACCAGAUAGCAAAGUAUCCAUUUAUUUAUCAUUUAAUUUGUGGAAUCUGGAUGUGAUACUAUAUUCUUGUGUUUUACUAUAAUAGAAUACAUCAUCAAAUUACUGUACAGUGAUCAACUUGUAAACCGAUCAUUGGUGACAAUAUCAAGACAUUAUAAUGGCUAAAUGGAGCUCUAUUCAAAUGUAAUGGAAGACAGUGAUGAUGUCAGUAAAUCGAUGGAAAUAAAAAAAUCUACAAACAAUGCUUGACAGGAAUUUGGUAGAUGCAAAUGGGGGGACAGUAGAUAUAUGGUAUAUAAUAUAAUAUAUACACUGGUCAUUGAAACCUGAUUUGUGGUUAACUAACAAAAGCCAUUUGACUGACUGUUGAAGGCGAACGUUUUAUCAUUUAACCAAGAUGAUGUCAGACAAAUACUGUUUAUUCUAGAAGAACAAUAAUAGUUCGACUGUACCCAGUUAGAUAAUCUUGUAAUGGAAUGUUGACAACUACUAUACAUGUGGUCGUCCACAAAUACAUUUCCGUAUAUUAUGAGCAAACUGAUUUUCAUAUUAAUGCAUACCAUUGUUUUAAAGACUGUGAUACGGCAGUUUAUCACAAUAAAUCAUUGUUUAUG